AUGGUUCAGUUUUCGGAAGAGACCAAGGAGCGCAUCUCCAAGGUUAUUGAUGUUUCAAGGGUCGCUAUUCACUACGGAUAUCUGCCCUUGAUUGUGUAUCUUGGUUAUACUUAUAGUGAACCCAAACCAUCUUUGUUCAAGUAUUUCUAA